ACAGGUGUUUCAACUCCAACUUUUACCUCCUCAUCUCUCUCUCUUCAGACACCAUCAUUUCUCUCUGAAACCCAUCUCAACACCCACCAAUGUCCCAUCUUCUUUCUUACCAAAACUUCACAUUCACCCUUUAACACCUCCCUCUCUCUCUCUCUCUCUCUCUCUCUCAAACCCUUUUCGAAUGCCAAAUCAAAGACCCUUAAUCUUAGCAAUAUAUCAACCCUUCUCAUAUCAAACACUUCAAUUUCUCUCUCUGAAACCCAUCUCAGUGCCUCACCAAGUGCUCAUAUUUUCUCACAUCAAAACUUCACAUUCACCCAUUAACCCAUUCCCCUCCUCUCUCUUCAAAUGCCUAAUCAAAGACCCUUCUCACACUUCUUCUACAACACCAUAUUCUUCUUACUCUUACUCAACGUGGCUCUGGUAACCUCCAAAUCGACGAUCGAACCAUGCUCGAACUCCGAUUCGUGCAAUGCCUUACUGGGCUACACACUCUACACCGACCUCAAGGUCUCGGAAGUGGCUUCCCUCUUCCAAAUCGAUCCCAUUGCCCUCCUCACCGCCAAUGCCAUCGACAUCUCCUACCCAGAUUCCGAAAACCACAUCCUCCCCUCUCAGCUCUUCCUCAAUAUCCCCAUUGCCUGCUCUUGCGUCGACGGAAUUCGCAAGUCCGUCUCGACCCAUUACAAGACUCGCCCUUCUGACACUCUCUCAAGCAUUGCGGACUCGGUUUAUGGGGGUCUUGUGUCUGCUGAUCAGAUUCAGGAGGCCAAUUCGAUACCGGACCCUUCGGUUCUUGAUGUUGGGCAGAGUAUUGUUGUUCCUCUGCCCUGUGCUUGUUUUAAUGGGAGUGAUGAUAAUUUGCCGGCUGUUUAUUUGUCGUAUGUGGUGAAAAUGGUGGAUACAUUGGCUGGGAUUGCGGCUAGGUAUUCGACUACCAUUACUGAUCUCAUGACAGUGAAUGCCUUGGGGAAUGCAGCUAUUGGAGCUGGUGAUAUACUGGCAAUACCGAUUUCAGCUUGUGCAUCUAACUUUCCGGGAUACACCUCGGAUUAUGGCUUGACUGUGCCAAAUGGAAGUUAUGCUAUUACCGGGGGUCACUGUGUGCAGUGUAGUUGCGGGCCAGGAAGUAGCAGUUUAUACUGCAUGCCAGCUUCACUGGCAGUUUCUUGUUCGAGCAUGCAAUGCAGAAACAGUAAUCUCAUUCUUGGAAAUGUUACAGUUCAACAGAGUAGUGCUGGCUGCAAUGUUACUUCAUGUAGUUAUGGUGGCUUUGUCAAUGGCACUAUUAUGACCAUCCUGUCCACGUCUCUUCAACCUCGAUGUCCAGGGCCGCAGCAAUUUCCUCCACUUAUAGCCCCACCUACUUCAGUAAGCAGGGACUCAUUGUUUGUUCCAGCACCUUCACCUUCACCUUCACAGUCGGGUGGUGCUGCAACAACAAUUCCAAAGUCUUCAGUGGUGCCUGGAUCUGUCCCAUCUCUUGGAUUUCCACUAGCAAAUGCCCCCAGCGGAAGUGUCUCCGGUGCUUGCUCCUUGGUGAAUCCAUUCACAAAUUUGCCUGCAAUUGUUUUAGGUUUGUUUUGCAAAUUCAUGGUGUCAUUCUCACUGUAAUUUUGGCCCUCAAUUGCAUGCCUAAAUUGUGGUCUUCGUCCUCUGCAUCAGGUCUUAGUUGUUUGUUUAGUUCUAUUUAUUAUUAAUGUCAGUACACUGAUCUUUUGGAUGCAGCCAACCAAGUUUGUUUUGGCUAACAUUUUCCAAUUGCCUUAACCUGUACCACCAUGAAUAUAGUGACUGCAUUAUUUUUAGCAAGUCCUGGCAUUGCAGGUGUCGAAAUUUUAGAUAUCCUCAUUUUGUGUCAUCUUUGCUUUGUAUUGUUGAACAUCUUUUGAGAUCUUCCUCUUUCUCUUUAAAUUUAAGUAUUUUAGUGUGGCUA